AUGUACACGGACGGGUUGUAUAUAUCAAUAAGAGGCAGAAAGUCUGAUGAGAAAUGCAAUAUAUUGUUUACCCCAUCUAAGAGGAACAUCAAAGUAAUAUCUUGGGCUGAACACGAUGUUACUUAUGAUUUAAACCACAGUGGGAAAGCACCUGUACCAUUCACACUGAACAUAACAGCUCGAACAGUGAUAGAAAGGACUAUCAACAACUUCCUGGACUUAGAUUUCGAAGGAAAUGACGCCGGGCCGCAAUUGCUGCAACCGUGCGAUAUAAAAAACUUCCAAAACUUGCAGAAGAUUACCAUCAAAGGAAUCCAUCACCUUAGAGGUCUGUUGUUUGAAUACGACAAACAUAUUUAUUAG